UGCUCUGAGAAGUCAAGUUCUUCGCUGGGAUGCGUCCCUCAAUAAUUUAGAGAUGAAUAUCACAUUAUCUGAAAAUAUUACUGCUGAUUUGUCACUUAUUAGUGAUCCAGAGUUUUCCGAAAUGUAUGCUGACCUGAGUUUUAAGGGCCAGUUCCGUGUGCCUAAUGUGACCAUGGAAAAUUAUUCUCCUGCUCCAUUUACUUUGCCUGCCGAGGCGGUCUCCAGGUCUUGUGCUGGGAUAUCAGAGGCCUCUCUAAAUUCCCUUGUAGCCGCAUACUACUCAAGUGGAGCUAUGAAUGACAUGCUCUCCAAUGCCUCAUUAUUGCCCUCAGAGCGUCUGGUCAUCCCGGCCAGCACUGAUAUUACCUUGUAUGCCUAA